AUGGAGUCACGCUUGCCAAAGCCAAAAAUUAAUUUAACGAAAUCAGUUAGCACAAUAAGUAUCAGCAUGAAAACACAUAAUCAAAAAAUGACAAAAGACCAAAAUGAUCUGCCUCAUACAAGCUCUAAUGGUGUUUCUGACACAUUGACAAAAGCUAAAAGUACAAUCAAUAUUGCUACAAAGUGUACAAAUGAAAAUAAACCACCAUCUAAGCAAAAUCUAAGUAGAUCAAAGACUAUGUCUUCUAUUACCACUAAAGGUGUAAAAAGAUCAGCUACUGUUCCCAUUACUCAUGGGGAAAUUAAGAAGUCAUUUGCUAAGCCUCCUGUUAAAUCAACAACCAUGCAACGAACUGGUACUACAUUAGCAAAUAAUACUACCAUCAAAUCUAGUCAGAUUACUAUGGGCAAAAAAGUACAGAAUAUCGCAUCUAAACCUUCUAAAUGGGACUUAAAGGGUCGAUUGGCCUACACAAGUGAUGAGUUGUCUAAUAUACGACAAAAAUAUAAAGAAACUUCAUCAAAGUAUAAUGAACUUGAAGAACAAAUGAAUACAUUAAAGGCAAAUGAAAAUGUAUAUAAAGCAAAAGCAGAAGAAUAUGGAACUUUGAAUAAAGCAUUGGAUAGUGAACUUAAAGAACUAAAAGUAGAAAUGAAUAAAGUGCAAGAAGAAAGAGAAAAUUUAACAAAACGUUUGAAAGAAUCAGAGGAAUCAUGUAAAAAUGUUUCAAAUAUUCUAGAAGAAUUUAAAGCAAAAUGUUCUUCUCAAGAAACAAUAUUGCUAAAACAUGAACUUGUAAUAAAAGACUUGGAAACAAGCUUAGAAGUUCAAAAUAAGAUCAAUGAAGAACUCAAUACAGUUAAAAGUGAAUUGCAAUCCUUGGUUCAUACAAUGGACAAAGAUCGUAGAAUCCUACAUAAUGCGAUACAAGAGUUAAAAGGAAAUAUCAGAGUAUUUUGUAGGGUUCGUCCCAGGACUUUAAAUGAGUUUGGAAAAACGAUGUGUGCUAUGAACUUUAUAGAUGAAUGUACUAUUGAAGUGGGAAAAUUUGAUGGCUCUGAUGCAGUUAGUUGUAGCGGAAAACCAAGAGGAACCAGACAAGAAUUUUCUUUUGAUAAAGUUUUUCCACCAACUGCUAGACAAGAAGAUAUUUUUGAAGAAUUAGCUUUGUUAGUUCAGUCUGCCUUAGAAGGGUAUAAUGUCUGUGUAUUUGCAUAUGGCCAGACUGGUUCUGGUAAAACAUAUACAAUGGAAGGUUUACCAGGCAUUGAAACAGAAGGUAAUGAUCUGCCUCAUACAAGCUCUAAUGGUGUUUCUGACACAUUGACAAAAGCUAAAAGUACAAUCAAUAUUGCUACAAAGUGUACAAAUGAAAAUAAACCACCAUCUAAGCAAAAUCUAAGUAGAUCAAAGACUAUGUCUUCUAUUACCACUAAAGGUGUAAAAAGAUCAGCUACUGUUCCCAUUACUCAUGGGGAAAUUAAGAAGUCAUUUGCUAAGCCUCCUGUUAAAUCAACAACCAUGCAACGAACUGGUACUACAUUAGCAAAUAAUACUACCAUCAAAUCUAGUCAGAUUACUAUGGGCAAAAAAGUACAGAAUAUCGCAUCUAAACCUUCUAAAUGGGACUUAAAGGGUCGAUUGGCCUACACAAGUGAUGAGUUGUCUAAUAUACGACAAAAAUAUAAAGAAACUUCAUCAAAGUAUAAUGAACUUGAAGAACAAAUGAAUACAUUAAAGGCAAAUGAAAAUGUAUAUAAAGCAAAAGCAGAAGAAUAUGGAACUUUGAAUAAAGCAUUGGAUAGUGAACUUAAAGAACUAAAAGUAGAAAUGAAUAAAGUGCAAGAAGAAAGAGAAAAUUUAACAAAACGUUUGAAAGAAUCAGAGGAAUCAUGUAAAAAUGUUUCAAAUAUUCUAGAAGAAUUUAAAGCAAAAUGUUCUUCUCAAGAAACAAUAUUGCUAAAACAUGAACUUGUAAUAAAAGACUUGGAAACAAGCUUAGAAGUUCAAAAUAAGAUCAAUGAAGAACUCAAUACAGUUAAAAGUGAAUUGCAAUCCUUGGUUCAUACAAUGGACAAAGAUCGUAGAAUCCUACAUAAUGCGAUACAAGAGUUAAAAGGAAAUAUCAGAGUAUUUUGUAGGGUUCGUCCCAGGACUUUAAAUGAGUUUGGAAAAACGAUGUGUGCUAUGAACUUUAUAGAUGAAUGUACUAUUGAAGUGGGAAAAUUUGAUGGCUCUGAUGCAGUUAGUUGUAGCGGAAAACCAAGAGGAACCAGACAAGAAUUUUCUUUUGAUAAAGUUUUUCCACCAACUGCUAGACAAGAAGAUAUUUUUGAAGAAUUAGCUUUGUUAGUUCAGUCUGCCUUAGAAGGGUAUAAUGUCUGUGUAUUUGCAUAUGGCCAGACUGGUUCUGGUAAAACAUAUACAAUGGAAGGUUUACCAGGCAUUGAAACAGAAGGCAUGAUUCCUAGAACGGUGCGACAUAUAUUCCAAGAAAUGAAACAAUUUGAAUUACUUGGUUGGAAGUACCAAAUACAAGCCAGUUUUCUUGAAAUUUAUAAUGAGCAUAUUGUUGAUUUACUUGAUUCUCAGCCAAAGAUGCAUGAAAUUAGAAUGGCUGAUAAUAAAGGACACGACUUGUACGUUAGCAAUCUCAAAAUAGAGGAAAUUCAUAGUCCUGAAGAAUUACAUGAAUGUCUUUUAACAGCACAGUGUAAUAGAGCAGUUGCGGCUACCCAGUCGAAUGAACGAUCGUCAAGAUCGCAUUCAGUAGCAAGAAUAAAACUUAUUGGAACGCAUCAGACGAAAGAAGAGGUUUCAAUAGGAAAUCUUAACUUAGUUGACUUAGCAGGAUCUGAAAGGUUAAAAGGUGAAGAAUCCAUACGAUUAGCAGAAACGAAAAAUAUAAAUAAAUCGCUGGCAAAUCUGGGAAAUGUCAUCCUUGCUCUUUUAAAAAAACAGGAACACAUUCCAUACAGAAACUCAAAACUCACUCAUUUACUAAUGCCAUCUUUAGGCGGUAAUUCGAAAACUCUGAUGUUACUAAAUAUAUCACCUUUAGACGAAUGUUACAAUGAAACAUUAAAUUCGUUGCGAUUUGCUAGUAAUGUAAACAGUUGUAAAACAGGUAGUGCAAAAAGGACGCGAACAAUUUUACAGAAUGCCGCAUAA